AGGCUUCCUCCGAGACCUGACUUUGGGACCUCUGGGAGAGUGAUCACCUUGAAGGCCAAUUUCUAUGAAAUGAACAUUCCAAAAAUUGACAUCCAUCAUUAUGUCGUGGAUAUCAUGCCAGAUAAGUUUCCAGGACGGAUUAACAGGGAAGUCAUAAGAUAUUUAGCUGAACUCUUUAAAACUCAGAUCUUUGGGGACCAGAAACCAGCUUUUGAUGGGAAGAAAAACCUCUAUACAGUUAUGCCACUGCCGAUCGGGAGAGAUAAGGUGGAACUAGAAGUAACGCUGCCUGGAGGAGGUAAGAGCCGCCUCUUUAAGGUGGCCAUCAAAUGGGUAUCCUGUGUGAGCCUGGGGACCCUUCAAGACAUGUUAAAAAGUAAGGAGGGCGUGCAUCCUGUCCCUUUCACCACUGUCCAGGCCCUGGACGUGAUUAUCAAACAUUUGCCGUCCAUGAGAUACACUCCUAUAGGCCGUUCCUUCUUUACGGCCGCAGAGGGUAGUGCCCUCCCACUGGGUGGGGGAUUUGAGAUCUGGUCCGGUUUCCACCAAUCGGUUCGGCCAACGAUGUGGAAUAUGAUGCUCAACAUCGAUGUCUCGACCACAGCAUUUUACAAGGCCCAGCCAGUGAUCCAGUUCCUGUGUGAAAUUUUGAAUUUACAAAAUAUUGAAAAGCAACAAAGGCCUCUGACAGAUGCCCAAAGGAUGAAGUUUGCCAAAGAAAUAAAUGGCCUGAAGGUAGAGGUUACACACAGUGGGCAGAUUAAAAGGAAGUACCGCGUCUGCAGUGUAACCCGUCAGACUGCCCGUCAUCAAACAUUUCUGUUGCAGAAAGAGAAGGGACAGACUGUGGAGUGCACGGUAGCUCAAUACUUCAAGAACAGGCACAAGGUAGUUCUGCGCUACCCUCACCUCCCAUGUUUACAAGUUGGGCAGGAAGAGAAGCAUACUUACCUUCCCCUAGAAGUGUGCAACAUUGUAGCCGGACAGAGGUGCGUCAAGAAGCUAAGUAACAAUCAGACUGCGACUAUGAUCAAGUUAACUUCCCGCUCAGCACCCAGACGGCAGGAGGAAAUCAACAAGCUGAUGAGGGAGGCGAAUUUUAACUCAGAUCCCUAUGUCCAGGAAUUUGGAAUCACCAUCAGCGAAAAUAUGACCGACAUGACUGGCCGUAUCCUCCAGUCUCCUGCCCUCCUUUAUGGGGGCAGGAAUAGAACAGUCAUCACCCCUGUGCAUGGGGUUUGGGACAUGCGCGACAAACAGUUCCACACAGGCAUCGUGAUCAAGAUGUGGGCUGUGGCCUGCUUUGUCCCUCAGAGCCAGUGCACACAGGCCCAAUUGAAGUCGUUCAUUCUACAACUCAAAAGGAUCUCGGGUGAUGCAGGAAUGCCCAUCCCAACACAGCCUUGCUUCUGUAACUACACCCAGGGAGUAAAUAGUGUGGAGCCAAUGUUCCGGCACCUAAAGAAGACCUACCCCAACCUACAGCUGGUUUUGAUCAUCUUGCCAGGUAAGACCCCCAUUUACGCUGAGAUCAAAAGAGUGGGGGAUACAGUCCUGGGCAUAGCCACACAGUGUAUCCAGGUGAAGAAUGUGCAGAGGGUCAUACCACAGACACUUUCCAACCUUUGUCUGAAGAUAAAUGUCAAACUGGGUGGCAUCAACAACAUCCUGCUGCCCCAGAGCAGGUCUCCAGUGUUCCAGCAGCCUGUCAUCUUCCUGGGGGCCGACGUUACACACCCUGCGGCAGGAGAUGACAAGAAACCUUCCAUUGCUGCUGUCGUGGGAAGCAUGGACACUCACCCCAUUCGCUAUUGCGCCUCUGUGCGUGUCCAGCAGCACCGCCAGGAGAUAAUACAGGAACUGGCACCCAUGGUUCGGGAACUGCUCGUCAAAUUCUACAAGUCCACACACUUCAAGCCCAGCCGCAUUAUCUUCUACCGAGAUGGUGUAUCAGAGGGCCAGUUCCAGCAGGUUCUAUUCCAUGAAUUGCUGGCUAUCCGAGAGGCUUGCACCAGUCUGGAGAAGGGCUACCAGCCUGGGAUCACAUUCAUCGUGGUGCAGAAGAGACACCACGCCAGGUUCUUCUGCACCGAGAGGGAAGACCAGGUUGGGAGAACUUGCAAUAUUCCUGCAGGCACUACAGUGGACACGAAAAUCACCCAUCCAACCGAGUUUGACUUCUACCUGUGUAGUCAUGCCGGCGUCCAGGGAACCAGCAGGCCUGCCCACUACCAUGUUCUCUGGGAUGACAACCAUUUCUCUUCUGAUGAGCUACAGAUCCUCACCUACCAGCUCUGUUACACCUAUGUGCGAUGCACACGCUCAGUGUCUAUCCCAGCACCAGCCUACUAUGCUCAUCUGGUAGCUUUCCGGGCCAGAUACCACCUCUUUGACAAAGAUCGUGAUAGUGCCGAAGGAAGUCACACCUCUGGACAGAGCAACGGUGCAGACCAACAAAUGAUGGACAGGGCUGUCCAGAUCCAUGAAGACACUCUGCGCACCAUGUACUUUGCUUGA